AGAAAUAUAUUCCAUAAUAACUAAUAAGGAUUAGGUGGAUACGUUUCCUUUAUAAAUGCAACCAUUUCUCGAUAACCAGCACAUACCAUCUUCUUGACUCAAGAGAGAGCACAUUCAUCCUUCAAAUUCUCUUCUCAACCACCAUUUCAUUUUUUUCUCACCUGUAUAAUCAGAGGAAGAAAUUAAAAGAAUCCAAGAAGAUGCCGGCUCCUGCUGACACAUCAUCAGUUUCCGGCGAUAUCGUGUGUGUCACCGGCGCCGGCGGGUUCAUUGCAUCAUGGCUCGUCAAACUUCUCUUGGAGAGAGGCUACAUUGUCAGAGGCACCGUGCGAAACCCAGAUGAUCCUAAGAAUGGACACUUGAAAGAGUUGGAAGGAGCCAAGGAGAGGCUAACUCUGCAUAAGGCUGAUCUCUUUGAUCUUGAUUCUCUGAAAGCAGUCUUUCAUGGUUGCGAUGGUGUCUUCCACACCGCCUCCCCGGUCACUGAUAACCCCGAAGAGAUGUUGGAACCCGCAGUGAACGGAGCCAGGAAUGUAGUCAUGGCAGCUGCAGAAACAAAGGUGCAACGAGUUGUAUUCACUUCAUCAAUUGGGACAGUAUACAUGGACCCCAAUAGGAGCAGAGAUGAGGUGGUUGAUGAAUCAUGCUGGAGUGAUCUGGAGUACUGCAAGAAUACCAAGAAUUGGUAUUGCUAUGGGAAGACAGUGGCAGAGCAAGUAGCAUGGGAAGCUGCAAAAGAGAAAGGAGUGGACUUGGUUGUGGUGAACCCUGUUUUGGUUAUUGGACCAUUACUACAACCUACUAUCAAUGCAAGUACAAUUCACAUUCUCAAGUACCUUACUGGCUCUGCUAAAACUUAUGUGAAUGCAACUCAGGCUUAUGUGGAUGUUAAGGAUGCGGCAUUAGCCCAUGUUCUUGUUUAUGAGACUCCUUCUGCAUCUGGUAGAUACAUUUGUGCUGAAAGUUCUCUGCACCGUGGUGAACUUGUUGAGAUUCUUGCCAAGUAUUUCCCUGAGUACCCAAUUCCUACCAAAUGUUCAGAUGAAAAGAACCCGAGAGUAAAACCCUACAUAUUUUCAAAUCAAAAGCUGAAAGACUUGGGAUUGGAAUUCACCCCAGUGAAGCAGUGUUUGUAUGAGACGGUUAUGAAUUUACAAGAGAAAGGCCACCUUCCUGUCCUCAUAAACCAACAAGAGUUGAUCUAAGUUAAAAUUAUAAUUAACAAGCUAGCUAGGCUAUUUGUUUAAUUAAUUCAGAGCAAAGUUGUGGAAUAUAAAGAAAUACGUAAUCUGAAUUUGUAAUACACAUCUUGCAAAUUGUUGCUUUGUCCGGAAGUGGUAGUACCAAUGCAUUUUCCCCACUUUUUUCUAA